AUGGUUCGAAGUGAAGGACUGCUGUUUUCUUUGGUGUUUUUAAUCCCACAUCUAUCUGGAAGUGAACAUCAGACGAAUGGCGCAAACCAUCAGUUAGCCGACGGGUUUCAAUCUUUCUUCAAGACUAGAUACAAAUCGUGGCUACAAGUGUUAGACGGAACAAAUUCAAAAAAACAUACUGCUGGGGACAAUGAACUGACGGCUUUAGACGCAGUGACAAAACAAAAGAAAACAAACAAUUUAGUGUUAACAAGUCCUACCAUAGAAGGUUCGAUCGUUCCCACCAAAGCUCUCCGGAUACCCUAUUUUUUACGUUUCGGAAAAAUUGCGCAAGAAAACAGACAAGCAAGUAGCUUUACCUGCACAUGCAAACCGUCACCAACUUGUUCGACCACUUGCACGUCCCUCGAGGUACGAUGUGGACGAACAUGUACACACAGCACAAUUUUCACCGUUGAAUGUGGAUGUAACGGAGGACGCCACCAAGGUGCAUCUUUGUCCACAAGUUUAAGCGUUCGCAGCGAUGGCUGUGCCACAUUAAAUGCUGGAUGUCUCGCAACGGUCGGAGCUGUUGGAGCUGUGGGAGCUGUUGUAGCAGCUGCCGCAGCAGUGGCUGUCGCUGUCGCUGUUGCAGUUCCAGUAGGCCUCCAGUUAUCCGAAGUGGAUCAGUCUGAAACGGAACAAUUCGAACCACAAUUUUUAGAUAUCGGCGUGAUUGUCGGCCAGCAAACACCUGCAAACAACCUUGAAUUUCCUGUAAAUGGGAACGAUUUCCCAGAUGAUGGUUGCGGAGACAAUUCAGUGAGAUUCAGUGACGGAAACUGCUAUCCUGUUUUGAGGAGAGGUCCUUGCGCCGAUCCUCACCAAUGGGUUACUUUAGAUCCUGUGACAAUCCAGGCACGUUGCAGUCCACGUCUUUGUGGUCGUCAAAGAGUAUUCGUUGGCCAAAAUGGACUUUGUCACGAUAUCAACGAUCCAUUUGAAUGUAACGGUGGCCGACGUCUUUAUUAUACAGCUUACGGGGACCCACUAUGUGACUGCCCCAUCGGGCAAUAUCCUUUUCCGAACGUUCAAGACGAUUGCAUUUCACUGUUCUCGAAAGGUCCCUGUCCCGAUGGGAAUGUAGUGGCCGUUACUCCGGAGGGUCGAUUGGGCUGUAUGCCAAAGGAAUGCCAAUCAAUAGAUGGUCAAGAUAACUCUUUGCAGUUGGUGUCCACUGGGAAUGGAGUUUGUUACCCUCUCGGCUCACGUGGGCCCUGUACAAAUACUUCUCAGCUGCUGGGAUACGAUGUGUUUAAGCGACAGUUGCAGUGCGUCAAUAUUCUAGACCCUUCUUCGCCUUAUUUCUCUUCGCCAGAAGAAGAAGAUUUAAUAGAUAGUGUCUACAACCAGUUUGUACCGGAAUACGAUGACUAUCAGAUCUCACUCAUCUAUCAAAAUGUAGUGGAAAGAAAGGACAAAGGCCAACGAAGACAGGGUGGAAAUACCGCAGGAGCAUUUCAGUUUCCUAGCUCGUCCCCUGAUGCUCUCUUACAGCCAUGUCGGAAUGGAGCUCGAGAAGGAAUAAAUUUUAAAUGCACCAACCCACUAGUGUCAAAUUCAAACGCGAGGCCAGUACAACAGGCAGUUAGUUCCGCAUUUAGGUGUCCGGCGAAUAGAAAUUUACAAGCUACCGGCCAAUGCGCGAGCGACAACCGUGGUGCCAGCUGUGGACCUUCGUUUCAGUUCAAUUCAAAUACUGGACAAUGCCGCAGUGUUUUCAGACGUUAGAGAUAGGAUUAAUUCCAUUUUUACUUUCUUGCGUAUUGGGGUCGAAGUUGAACAACCAGAUAUAGGAUCUUUCCAGAAGUUGGAGGCAAGUGGAACUUCAAACCAGAAAUGUCACCAGAUAAUACAAAUACUUAUCUACGCCUGAAUGAAUAUGUAUGAAUUACAAAUUUCACAUGUUCUUGUAUUGGCGCCGUCUGACAAACCUAGACAAUCGAUGUGAUCUAAUCCAAACCAGAAGACUUAACCAGUUUACAUCACCAAAAAACCUGUUGGGGAAUUCCCUGCUGAUAAUGAAAAAUGUUGUCGUAUUUCAAGCAGGGCAUCUCGUCACGUUAAUGGACCCGGUCAUUUUACAAGUAGCUCAUUUCUAAACGUGUCAAGUUAAAAGCAGUUUAAAUCAAGCUGACUUGUGUUACGAAAGAUUUACACAUAUCAUCGUAGUUCACGUGUUAGAACAUUUAAGACUGAUUGGAGUACUGAUCUGCCUCAUUUCUGUCUUACUUGUUACUCUCGUUGACACCCGAAUGCGAUAGCCUUAUUAGGCAACAUGCUUUCCCAAACCUUCAAGACACUUGUACCCCUAUUUUUUUUAAAAAGGAAAUGCAAAAAAAAAAAAAUCGUCAA